AUGUCAGUUUUGCUUGAAACCACAUUGGGCGAUAUUGUCGUGGAUUUGUUUUAUGAAGAACGUGUGGAAGCGUGUCAGAACUUCUUGAAGCUUUGCAAGAUGAAAUACUAUAAUUUGAAUCAGAUAUUCACUAUUCAGGUAAGUUGAUUUGGGUUUUUAUUGAAUUUUAGAUAACAAGAUGAAGUUUGAAAGCGAACGAACUGUUUUAUAAAGUAAAAGCUGACCUUUAGUUUCUUAUACUGUUGUUUUUACAAACAUACUGAACCUUUUUCAUAUCAAAAGAAACCAUUUUAUGACCUGAGACAGCUAAAAAUAAUCCAAAACAAUAUAUUUUCAGAAAGACUUUAUUGCUCAAACUGGAGACCCAACGAAUACGGGAAAUGGAGGAGAUUCAGUAUAUUCGUAAGUUCAUUUUAAUCUUAAGUUUGAUUUUUAGGUAUCUUUGCUUAUAAUCUUCUUCAUGAUCUAGCUUAAAUAAUUUGGAACAACAUUUUGUUGUUUUUGUGGUGAACAUAGUUAUGGCCGUUUGUAACUUUUGGCAAUAAUUUAAUGUCAUUGUCUGUGACCUUUUGAUAUGGGAUUUUGAUUGUUUUGGUCAAAAAGUAGAUAGAAAUGAUAGGAAAUUAAAGUUAGCUUCAAGUUAUAAAAAAAUCUCGGCGUUUUCAGCCGAGAAAUGUCAUUUUUUACACACUUUGUGUCCCCAAAACUAAAAUUUGAUAUCAAAAUAGAAAGAGUGUUAUUUCAGCUUUGUCCUAGACAAGAAAUGCCGUUACUUUCCGGACAAUAGUAUGAUCAAAAUGGACCACAGACAUAAAGGAACCGUCUCUUUUGUGAAUUGUGGACAAGACAUGUUUGGAAGUCAAUUUUUGUUUACAUUAGAUGAUAACCUGGACUAUCUUGAUGGAAAACAUUUGGUAUUUGGUCAGGUAGCUGAAGGGUUGGAGAUUUUGGAUAUAUUGAAUGAGGAACAUACCAAUGAUAAUCAUGAACCUUUAAAGGAUAUUAGGUAAGGAUCAACUUUAUAUUGAUGGUUUUUAGGUUGGAAUGGAGAGUUUUGUUAUUUGAUUUCUUUCUAAUAUAAUCUUUAUGGUUUUAAGGACUUUUUUGAAGUGUUUGAUUAAAAGAUUAUUUUAGGUAACAUUUUUCAAAAAAAUUAGGGAAAAAAGGGAAAGAACUGAUGAUAUAGGUAACAUCUGUAAAUGAAUAAUGAGUUUAAUAUUUUGCAGAAUAAGUCACACAAUCAUUCUGAACGACCCUUUUGCCGAUCCACCAAACCUACCAAUACCUUCAAGAAGUCCGUCGCCUUCCAACGAACUUAUCGAACUCUCAGACAAGAUUUGUCUAGAUCAAGAUGUAGAAGAAGAUGAGAAUUGUACAGAGGAGGAGCGCCAAAAGAAAAACGAAGAACGAGAACUUCGAGCCAAUGCUCAGGUCCUGGAAAUGAUUGGAGACCUAAGGGACAUUGAUGAAAAACCUCCAGAUAACGUGCUGUUUGUGUGCAAAUUGAAUCCAGUCACAACAGAUUCGGAUUUGGAAGUGAUUUUCUCAAGAUUUGGAGAGAUUAAGUGCUGUGAAAUUAUCAGGGAAAGAAGGACUGGCAAGUCAUUACAAUAUGCUUUUGUGGAGUUUGAAACUGUAAGUUAACAUUUAAGGACAGGGUGAGGGAGGGUAAAUGGAUAGCAUAAAAAAACAAGAAUUUUCUUUGCAGAACAAAAAAUAGCAAAAACUUUCUUUACAAAACAUAAAAUAGCAAGAACUUUCUUUACAGAGCGUAAAUUGGCUAAAACUUUGUUUACAAAGCAAAAAAAUGUCAAGAAUUUUCUUUACAAAACAAAAAAUGGCAAGAACUUUCUUUACGGAGCAAAAAAUGGCAAUAACUAUCUUUACAUAGCGUAAAAUAGCAAGAACUUUCUUUACAAAGCAAAGAAUGGCAAUAACUUUUUUUACAAACGAUAAAAUUCAUUAUUUCUUAUUUUAGGCAGAACAAUGUGAAGCAGCAUACCUAAAAAUGGACAAUGUCUUAAUUGAUGAUCGCCGAAUCCACGUCGACUUCAGUCAAUCAGUAGCCAAAACUCACGUGUGGAAGAAGAAAGAAGACGAGGAGGAAGAGAAGAAGAAAAAAGAUAAAGAAAAUAGAGAAAAGGACAAGGAUAGGAAAAGACGCCGCUCAAGAUCUCCAGCAAGACGAUCACGAUCACCAACACGAAGAUCAAGAACAAGAUCACCGCCACGCCAUAGACGAAGGCCAUCCCCAAGAACGCGAUCUCCACCUCGAGGCACACGAGCAAGGUCACCAGUUCAAAACUCAAGAACAAGGUCACCAACAAGACGAUCACGAACACGAUCUCCACCACGGCACGGUAGAGGUCUACAAUCGAGAACGGCACGAUCUCCGCCAAGACAAAGGAGACGAAGAAGGUCGUCGUCCAGCGAGCGGUCGAGGUUUUCGAGGGACAACUACCAUAAUCGGCACAACAGGAGAUGA